GCGCAUGCGAAAUACCUGCAAUCACAUGGCGUCUGACAGCUUUCGCUUUCUUCCGGGAUUUCCCACAGCUCCUUACCUUACGGCAUUUAGUAGGUCCCACUAAUUCUCAGGUACUGAGCUGAAGUACACAUUAUUGCUCUUAUACUAAAGCUGGGUUCUGUGGGCCGCCCCUGGUCAUUCCGAAUGUCUUAGCUAUUCCAUCAGGCAGAGGCCCAGCAGCACCAGAGCAGGGCACAUUUAUCCUGUGCUUUUUGCUCAGGUUCCUGUCAGCGCGUCGGCAUCUUCGUCCUUCGAUACUGUCAGGUAUACUUUCCUCACACCUGCCACAGAAAUCCCUUCCAGAUAACAUUUAUCUGCUCCCUCAUCUCCAUUCAUUAUAGUGCAUCCUUUUAUACUCACUGGGGAUUCUACAAGGAGCGGGCUGGAGUCUUUUGUUAUCCACUCAUUGUAACAGUCAGUACGUCCAUGAGUUGCAAUGUUGGGGAGGAAACCAGGCAAAAAGACUGCUCAGGCCAAGGGCCGAGGUGCUGCUGCUGCAAAGGAGUUGGGGCUUUUUGUAGAUUUCAGUCCAGAGGAUAUGAUGCUUGGCAUUCCAGAUGACCCAGAUGAUGGAGACCUGGAAGCUGAAUUGGCAGCUUUAACUGGAGUAAAGGCAGCAUCAAAACUAAAGCCUAAAGGGAAAGCUCCACUCCCUAUGGAAGAAAUAGAGAAGAUGGCGCAGGAUUGUAUGAAAGACAUGACUGGGGAAGAUGAUGACGACUUGGAAGAAGAUGAAGAAUUGUUGGCUGAGCUGCAGGAAGUUGUUGGUGAGGAAGAGGAGGUGGAACAGUCGCUUCCUAGUGAUACUGAAGAGUCAGAGCUUUCUGCACCUGAGAAACAGGAACACACUGAACCUGAACAUCAAGUCAACUAUUUAGUAGCAGAAAUUCAACAUAGUUCACAGAUCCCUGCUGGAGGGAUGCUCCAGGUUUUAGAACAACGGAUAAGCAAUUACAAGGAAGCAAUCAGCAAUGCCAAACUGUCCAAUGAGAGUGCCAAGGCUAGACGCUAUGAACGGGGGCUAAAGACACUUGAAUCUAUGCUAAGUGUUGUGAGGCAAGGAAGGUCCGUAAUUGAGGCAGAUAUCCCACCUCCAGUGGCUUAUGGGAAACCCACUGUAAGCCCAAAACCUGAUGUCCCAAUAACUGACACAAGCAUACAGGAACUGGGAGAUUUGAACGUUGUACCCAUGGAAACAACAGAAGGUGAUACAAAUUUGGAAACACCAGAGGACCCUGCCAGUAAGGCCAUAACCAAUGAUGGUGGAGCUGAGGAGAAGACACAUGUUGUUUCUCAGAAUGAUACAGACUCAAAAACCCUGCUGCUCCUGAGACAGAGAGAAUACAAACUGGCAGCACUAAAAGCUAAACAAACAGGAGACUUUGAAAAGGCCAAAGAAUACAUGAAAAUUAGUAAGAAAUUUAGUGUAGUUUUUGAAGCUCUUGAAAGUGGACAGCCUGUGGAUCUCAGUAACAUGCCUGCCGCCCCAGAGGAUCAUGAAGCAUUGGUCACAGAAUCCAAGAUCCCAGCAUAUCCAACACCAGCACCGCCUGUGUCCAACAUUUCUAACACACAAGGACCAUUAGCUGGCUCAUUAUUGCAAGCUUUGCAGCAGAGGAUGGAAAAGUAUAAAUCUGCAGCACAGCAAGCCAAGAGCAGUGGAGAUGAUCGAAAGGCCAGAAUGCAUGAAAGAAUUGCCAAGCAAUACCAGGAUGCCAUCCGAGCCCAUAAAGCUGGAAGACAGGUGAACCUGUCAGAGCUUCCAGUGCCACCAGGAUUUCCUCCACUAUCUGGCAUGGAGCAAACGGAGGAAGAAAGGAGUGUGGAGAAGGCACUUGAGGCAGCCCAGAAGUUGGCAAAAACAGCAGGGAAUGAUGAAGAUGAUGAUGAUGAUGAGGAUGAAUGCCAAUCAAAGCCACAAGGCCACUCUAAACCCACCCAACUAGUGAAGCCAAUAGUAAUGCCUGCUGCGUCCGACAGUGAAGAGACCUCCUUACCCAUCAGAGCCCAAGUAAAAAUAGCAAGUGAAGAAAAAUUUCCUCCAGCAGUACAAGAACAACUGGAAUUUUUGGAACACCGCAAGAAACAAUACAGAAAAGCUGCUCUCCAGGCCAAGCAAAAAAAUGACCUGGAACAAGCCAAACGACACAUGAGAGUUGCCCACACCCUUCAAGUCUCAAUCGAUCAUGUGAAAAGUGGAAAGCUUGUGGACAUUUCCAAGGUGCCAUCUCUUCCAGAUGAUGAGGAAAGUGACUUUGUAGUUGUUGAAUAUGAAGACAUAAAGUCACCACAGAAUUCAGAGGAUGUGUACAACAUGCUAAUGAAGCUCCUGCAUGAACAGCAUGAGAAAUGCAUAUGCUACUCAAAGCAGUUUACGCAGAUGGGCAAUGUUGCAGAAACCACAAGGUUUGAGAAGAUGGCUGAGGACUGCAAGAAAAACUGUGAGAUCCUUCAGCUGUCCCAAGCUCAAGGCCUUGACCCUCCUCCCUACCAUUUUGAAGACAAGACAUUAAAAAUUGUCAGGGUUUUCUCUGAACUCAGCAGCACAGAAAUGCUACUUAUCAUUGUACGAGGAAUUAACUUACCAGCCCCAUCAGGAGUUGCGCCCAAUGAUUUGGAUGCCUAUGUGAAGUUUGAGUUUCCAUAUCCGAGCUCGGAACAGCCUCAAAAAAACAAAACCUUGGUAAUUAAAAAUACCAACUCCCCAGAAUAUGAACAGUCGUUUAAAUUGAACAUAAACCGGAAUCACAGGGGCUUCAAACGUGUCAUUCAAACCAAAGGCAUGAAGUUUGAGAUCUUUCACAAGGGGUUCUUUCUCGUGAGAAGUGAUAAACAGGUUGGAUCUGCGAGUGUAAAACUGGACAAGCUGGAGACUCAGUGUGAGAUCCGAGAGAUAGUAGAGGUUUUUGAUGGUAGGAAACCAACUGGUGGUAAAUUGGAGAUUAAGGUGCGGCUAAGAGAUCCUCUAAACGGCCAAGACCUUCAGGUGGUCACUGAGAAGUGGCUGGUGAUGGGACAAGUUCCACGAAAGUAAGCCCCAGUGCAUGCACAAAGGCGGAAGGCAUCCUGCAAAUGAAGAUGUUGCCUUUAUAAUUUAACCCCAUGCCAACUGUUUUUCCCGGGGGACAACGUGGGGUUACAUACCAAAGACUGCAGAGCAACUGCUGCAGCAUUGAAGCACGUCUGAAUGAAGCCAACCACUGAUGGGAAAAGUCUGUAUAGUCUUCAUAACAAAGCAGAAUGUCUGCAGAUUAGAGACUGCGCUGACCAAAAGACCUUCUUAACAGAGCUUUGUGCUACAGUGUCGGCUAAGCUUACACUCUAGCUUUAUGUGUUGAAUGUACUAUUUUAGAAACUUCUGAGAUCAAUGCACAAAUCUGACACAGGAGGCAGAAUAUCCUGCAACACCGCUUCUGUCUGCUGUCUCACUGCCUUGCCUGCUGGUGAGAUUUAAUAAUUACACAUAAAGGUUACAGGACAGAUGAAAACUGGAGGGAUGGUGUAUGAGAAUUCGCUGCUCUCCCCUGUCUCAUUGUAAGGUUCAGUGAUUACACAUAAAGGUUACAGGGCAGAUGAGAACUGGAGGUAUGGUGUAUGAGAAUUAGAUACUCUCCCCGUCUCAUUGUAAGGUUAUAGAUAAAGGUUAUAGGACAGAUGAGAAGUGCAGGAGUCCUGUCAGAGUAAAUUUGCUGCUGUUCCUGGUGCUGAAAUAAUGCAAAUCUGCACUGCAAAUAUUUCAUGUUGUAAAUUAGUUAAGCCACAAAUCUCAUCACUGUUUCCCUUGUAAAAAAUGUAUUGCCCUCCUUUUCAGAUCAUAACUGUGUCCAUUUCAACAACUUUUCUUGCCAUUGUAUUUAGUAACUGACAUGAACAUCCCUGACAACAAGGCCCUUCUCUGCCUUCAGUCUCCGAA